AUGACGACGACGCCCGUCGUGGCCGCCAUGAUGGUGGUGGCGUUGGGUUGCGCGGCGGCCUUCGAAUACGCUCCCGACCUGGCAGGCCGAUACUGUUCUACCAGGCCUAGAGGUUGUUGCAAAGGCCGACAGGACGACUGUACCGUACCUAUUCUGGACACGUUGUGCUACUGCGAUGACUUUUGCAACCACACCCGGUCCGAAGACUGUUGCCCCGACUUCUUGCCUUUUUGUAAACACAUAAAUGUUCCUGUGGCUCCAGCGCCUAUCAAAAAUUGUUACGCUAACGGACAGACGUAUAAGUAUGGAGAAACGGUCAACAUCAAUUGUAACGAAUGCCGAUGCCAAGAAUCCAAUGGCAAAACACAAAUGAUGUGCAGCUCCAACGAGUGCCUCGUCGACACGUACAUUUUGGAUACGCUUAGGCACCAGGCGCACCGGUUCGGAUGGUCAGCUGGCAAUUACAGCGAAUUUUGGGGCAGAAGAUACGACGAGGGACUACAGUUGCGGCUUGGUACACUGCAUUCCAAGAGAAAGAUAUUGCAAAUGAAGCCGUUGAAAGCCGCGUUCCAGCGGGGUAAGUUGCGGCGGUCUUACGACGCCCGUGAAGUCUGGGGAAAAUACAUCUCGAAACCGAUCGACCAGGGCUGGUGCGGCGCGUCCUGGGCCAUAACCACGGUCCAGGUGACCACCGACCGUUUCGGAAUCAUGAGCAAACGCGCGAUCGGCGACGUGUUGUCGCCGCAACACCUGUUGUCGUGCAAUAAUCUCAACCAGCAGGGAUGUCAAGGCGGCCAUUUGACCAGAGCUUGGAAUUGGAUUAGGAAGUUUGGACUGAUCACGGAGGAAUGUUACCCUUGGGAAGGCCGAAUGUCCACGUGCGCGGUGCCGAAAAAGAAGAAAGAGACUAUGGCGCAGUGUCCUAGUCGUGUGAGGUCCAAUAACGACCAUACGACCAAAACUAGACUCCACCGGGUCGGUCCCGUUUACCGGGUGGCCACAGAAGAGGGUAUCAUGCACGAGAUUUUGACCUCAGGACCAGUCCAAGCCGUCAUGAAAGUGUCCAGAGAUUUUUUCAUGUACAAAUCGGGCGUGUACAAAUGUUCGAAUUUGGCGUCCGGAUCGAGAACAGGAUACCACUCAGUGAGGAUCGUUGGUUGGGGUGAAGAGUAUCAGGGCGGCAGGAUUGUCAAAUAUUGGAUUGCAUCGAACUCGUGGGGAAGUUGGUGGGGCGAGAACGGGUACUUCCGGAUACUGAAGGGCGUUGACGAGUGCGAGAUCGAAGAUUUCGUCAUCGCCGCGUGGGCGGACAUCGACGACUUUGACGUAACCGGGAAUCCGCUGGGAUAUGAUGUGUUCCUGUUGAAUGGUCCAAAGUCAAAUUCCGUCUGA